UGUGAAAGGGUGGAAAGGAAAGGAUGGCCUAGGGAUCGGGCGGGGGCAGUCGGGCACUGGUUUCUUCCCGGGCCAUGUUGGGGGCUGAGGCAGGCAGUGAAAAGCGCCACCAGCCGGCAGCCUCCCGAGGUGCAGAGUGUCACCUGGGCCAGUGUCACCAGGGCCAGUGUCAGCACUGGGGGAGAGCAGGUAAGUGGGGGUGGACAGGGCAUCCAGGUGCGUCCGGAGAUUUCUCUGGAAGAUACACAGAAGGAGCACAUGGCCCGAAAGAUUAUAAACUUACGUGUGUUUGAAGAUGAGAAUGGGAAGCACCGGUCGAAGCACCGGGUGCUGUGGGUCAGCCAGGUCACUCGCCAGUGUGUCCUCAAGGGCCCCGAGCCCCCCUUCCUCGUGGCAGUGCCCACGGAGCAGGCAGACUUCUACGGCAGCUUCCUGGAGCGGCUGCGCAAGACGCAGAGGCCGGAGCUCAUCAAAGAUGGCGCGUUAGGUGCCCAGGAGCAAGUCCACGUUCAGAGCCAUGGGCCGGCGCCCCUGGAGCCAGAACCCCCAGCUCCCAGCGCUGCUACCUCCAGCCCAAAGCAGGGCAAGAGGAAGUGUGCAACCAAGCAAACCGAAGUGUGCAACCAAGCAAACCGAAAGUGCGCUCGGAGAGAAGAAUCACGCGCCCUGCCCCAGACAGCCACCUCGGCCUUUUAG